AACCGCCACCAUGACCAGUACGAAAGAAAUACAAUCCCUUGUGCCCCAAGAACGCGAUUAUUAGGAAUUAUGUGGUGCUGCUACAUACCGGGAAUUGCAUCUCGAACGAUGAAACUGAAUGUUUCGAGUAAGUUUGGUGUUGGCAGUGCUGGUGGCAGUUGCCGUAGCUCAGCGGCAACUCAUCCGACCUGACCCCGUUGCCUGCAAGAACCGCAUCAAGCACGCCGCCACCUUCAGGGAGGGCCACUACUACUUCUUCUCUUGGACCCACGGCCCCACCAGGCAGCACGAGAGGGACUGGCUCGAUGCCAGGAACAUCUGCAGGAAACAUUGCCAGGACCUGGUGAGCCUCGAGACCGAGGCUGAGGCACAGUUCGUGUACCAGGCCAUGUCCACCGCCAACGUCAAGUACAUCUGGACCUCCGGCCGUAAGUGCAACUUCGACGGCUGCGACAGGCCCGACCUGAAGCCCACACUCAUCAACGGCUGGUUCUGGUCCGGUUCGUCCGCCCGCAUCCCGGCCACCAACGGCACCUUCGGCUGGUCCGGUGACUGGUCCAACACCGGCGGUUCCGGCCAGAGGCAGCCCGACAACCGUGAGUUCUCCGAGAACGGCACCGACGAGGCCUGCAUCGCCAUCCUCAACAACUUCUACAACGAUGGCGUCAAAUGGCACGACGUUGCCUGCCACCACGUCAAGCCCUGGGUGUGCGAGGACUCCGAUGAGCUUCUGCGGUUCGCUCGCCACACCUACCCCGAGCACAACAUCUCCUAAGCCUCGAGAGCCCGGUUGUCCCUCUCCUUCACCUGUUCACCUACACUUCUGAGUCCCUUCCCUUCCCCGGCUCUUCCGUUGCCCCUUCAGUAAUCUUCUGGUGUGUUCCCGCUCACAUGCAUGCACGGGACACCAUAUAGUAACCCAGUAAGACUUCCCAUCCGCUGCCUAGACAGCUGUAAACAACCACCUUCGUGGCCCCAAGACCUCUUCGGUCCUGCGACCUGUGGUCUCACCAGCAGAUCUAAAAAAAAUUAUGCACACCUUUUCCUUUUUACAAGUCUGUAGAUAGACCCUCCUCACAACUUCCUACUUUUAAGGUCCUUUCAUAAAUCUAUUAUUUAAUUUUGUUACUGAGAAUAUUUAAGAGGAUGAAUGUCAUUUAAAAAAAGCGAUAAUCGGCGGGACCCGGUUCAUGCUCUGUGGUGUAAAUACUCAAAAUUUAAAAUUCUGAUCUGUCUGUAUGACUGAAUAAAUCUACUAUUUUUA